AUGCGCUUACUUCUCUGCAUUCUCUACCUCGUUCGAGUGAUCCGAGCCGCGCCUACCACUAAUUCAAUUACUAUCAAUGAUAGUUUCGAAGCGGUAUCAUCCUUGGAGCAGAGAACUCUGUGGAGCAUUGUCUCUACCUGUACUCUGACUAUUCUUGCAUGCACAUAUGGUGCUAUCCAUCCCAAUAUUCCGAGUCCUAAUGAUAGCUCCUUUCGUAUUCUAUGGCGACGGUUUGUCAUCAUGCUGGUCGCACUGGCCGCUCCCGAUGUGAUCAUUGCAUGGGCUCUGCGCCAGAGGCUCUGGACUCAGCAUAUCACAACAGAAUGGACUCAGACUCACAGCUUCUUUGCGCUGAUGGGCGGUUUCAUGCUUUAUGUGGACGGGAAACCCUUCCAAACACUGUCGCCCGACCACCUACUCAACCUGAUACGUACUAGAUCCAUCUGUGGCCCAACCCUCACAGAAAAGCAGAUCCGCGACCGGAGCAAAGGGAAUGUGGUAUCAAAGGGGUUGAUCCUCAUUCAGGUGUCUUGGUUUGUUUUGCAGCUCCUCUCCCGCGCCAUCUAUCACCUCGAGACCACACAGUUUGAGGUGGGGACACUUGCUUUUGCGGUUCUCAACUUCGUCACCUAUGCUCUGUGGUGGAAUAAACCUCUGGAUGUAAAAUGUCCUCAUCCAGUCUACUGGAAGUCGACCGAAUCCAAGCCAGAGGUCCAUGUGUACGUUUGCGCCUCAAUCAAUUCUACCGCUGCUGACCACGUCCCUCUUAGUGUCCCUAAAAACAAUGGUCCGAUGCCUUUGCAUACCACGAUUAUUUCAGCCAUGGACACAUUUGUAAAAUUCUUUGGCAUUGAUGCCAUGUCUUCUUCAACGCUACGAGUUGCAACGUUUGAUGGCGUCUGCCCCUUUGAACUAACCCCCCGGCAAAGCAAGGCUCUGACUCUCGCUGGAUACGCGACGGGAAUCAUUUUUAGCGCAAUCCACUGUGCCGCUUGGUUUUAUGUCUUCCCCACAUAUGAAGAGCAGCUCUUAUGGCAGACGAGUGCCGCCGCUAUUACUAUCGGACUCUGUAUUGCUCUCGCAGUGCUCUUGGUUCUGUAUAAAUGGAUCGCUGCAAGGAUUGAUUCGGUGAUGUUUAAAUUAAUCUUCCCGGUCAAUGUAUUGUACGUCAUAGCACGUAUCACCCUUUUCAUACUUAUGUUCACCACUUUGCGCGAUCUUCCUCCUGACGCAUACAAGACAGUGUCGUGGAGUAAUUUUGUGCCGCACUUGUAG